ACCAAGACAAAGAGGCAGCUGAAAACGGUGGAUUAGCCUCCUCGAGGCUAGGGCGCAUGUCCAUCCUGUCCAGCCUGACGAGGUGGGAUAAGCCCAUCGUGACUCCGUUCUCUGCUGCAUAUGAGGCAGGUGGUGCAGGUAUACCCGCAGAGAGUGGCUCCUCCACAGGUGGAUUUACAGCCAACCCCCUCCGGCCCAUCUCCCCCUUCCUUCACUGACGUCCAACUGCCCGACCUGCUGGAGAAGUAUGUUAAGAAGAAAUACACCCCUGACAGCAAUUCAAAGGCCUUUGAGCCUCCCAAUCUCCUGCCAGCCAUGGAGAUGAACACUGGCCCCAGCGCAGUCACCGCCCCAGGCAUGGAGCAACACCUCCCUGGGCCCACCCCGUCUCCAAAUAUGAUCCAGCCCUCGCCUCAGAGCAUGGAGCAACACCUCCCUGGGCGCACCCCGUCUCCAAAUGUGAUCCAGCCCCCACCUCAGAGCAAACUGCCACCGACCCCUAUCAAGAGCUAUUACCAUGAUCAAGGAUACAUGAAAAGAUUAGACCCGACCCAGACUCCAACAUCACGAGGCUUCCACAAGCGUCCAGGAAAGAUGGUGGUGUUUGAGCAGGCUGAGUUUGGCGGCCAGGCGUUUGAGAUGUUUGGGGACGUGGAGGAUGCUUCCUUCCUGCAGCUGGCUUCUGUCAUCUCCAUCAGGGUGGUCAGAGGAGGUUGGCUGCUGUAUGAGCUGCCAGGGUUCCUGGGCCGGUCGGUGGCCCUAGAGGAAGGGUCCAUUGAGCUGCAGAACAUGUGGGCAGAACCAGAGCCGCCGGGACUUGCGAUGCCAACGACCCCCAUGAAAAUUGGAUCUAUACGGCUAGCAGUGAGGGACUACAGUGUGCCGAGGAUCGAUCUGUUCACGGAGCCCAACGGUGUGGGUCGCGUCUCCUCCUUCACCGACUUCACCCCCGAGGUCUGCUCCUACUCCCUCCCCCAGAGCACCGGCUCCAUCAAGGUCCACUCUGGAGUGUGGCUGGUGUACAGUGACCCAGGUCUGGAUGGUCUGUUAGCAGUGCUGGAGGAGGGAGAGUACCCUUGUCCUGAUUCAUGGGGCUUCCCAACGCCCUUUGUGGGAUCCAUGCGGCCCCUCAAAAUGGGUGGGAUUAAAGUGGAAAAUCCACAUAACGUCAAGGCCCUUGUCUACGAGAAGCCCCAGUUCCAGGGAGAGUGCAUGCUGGUGGACGCGGACGUGUGGGACUUCGGAGUGGGGGAGGGAGAGGAGGAGGAGAAGGAGAAGGAGGGAGAGGGCCAUCCCAGCAACCCAGCUGUCAGGAGGACACUGAGUACCGUGGGCUCCAUUAAGAUACUGGGAGGAUUGUGGGUGGGUUAUGGAGAACCUGGUUUUGAGGGUCCACAGUACUUACUGGAGGAGGGGGAGUUUGCGGACUGGACAGACUGGGCAGGCUACGGGGACAGACUGAUGUCUCUGCGACCUGUGCUAUCGGAUCUGAUGUCCCCCCAUCUGAAGAUGUUUAGUGAGGUGGACUUUGGGGAUAGAGGUGUGAAUGUGGACCUGUUUGUUCCUGUGCUUAACAUGGAGGAUACUGGAUAUGGCACAAAGACACGGUCUAUAGACGUGAAGUCUGGCAUCUGGGUGGUGUUUGAAAAGGAAGGUUUCUCUGGAGAGCUCUACGUCCUGGAGAAGGGCCUCUACUGCAGCCCUGAAGACUGGGGCGGCAAGAACCCUCAGCUCUUCUCCGUCAUGCCUGUGAUGCUGGACAAUGUGGAGAGCCUUAGCAAGUUUAAGGUUCUGCUGUUCCCUGAGCCUUGGUUCCAGGGAGAACCACUGCUUCUGGAGGAUAGUACAGCCAGCCUGCCUGAUGGGUUCCGCCUAAGCUCUUGCAAGGUUCUGUCUGGAAGCUGGGUGGCGUUUGCACUACCUCAGUUCACAGACCUCAUGUAUGUGCUUGAGGAAGGGGAUUAUCCCACUCUAGAAACCAUGGGCUGCCAGGACCCACUCUCUGGCAUCUGCUCCAUACACACCAUAGUACACGAGUUCUCCCUUCCCUCCAUCACUCUCUUCGCUAAGCCUGACCUCAGAGGCAAGAAGGCAGUCUUGACAGGCAAUGCAGUGAACCUAUCACUGGCAGGCAUUGACGGGCGCACACGCUCGCUAUUGGUCAGCGGAGGCAUGUGGGUGUUGUAUGAGGAGAGUAACUACAGAGGCCGGCAGUUCCUCCUCCAGCCCAGUGAGGUAUCUGAUUGGAUGCAAUUCAGUGGCUGGCAACGAAUCGGAUCUCUGCGACUUCUGCUGCAGAAACCGGUGUAUGUGCGUCUGCGGAACACGGAGUCGGGGUGUUUGAUGUCGCUGAGCGGGCCUCUGGACGACAUCAAGCUGCUGAGAGUGCAGGCUGUGGAGGAGAGCGACGGGCCUGAGCAGAGCUGGCUCUACUGCAACGGCCUGCUGCGCUGCAAGCUGGUGGAGGACUGUUGCCUGGAGACGUCGGGCACCGUUGUCAUGGCAGGAUGCCGGCUGAGCGUCUCGGCGGAGCCGGGGAAGGACAACCAGCUGUGGAGCAUCACACAGGACGGCCGCAUCCGCACACACGUCAACCCAGAGCUGGUGCUGGAGGUCAAAGGCGGCCAGCAGUACGACAGGAACCAGGUGAUCGUCAACACGCUGGACGAGAGGAAGGCCAACCAGAGAUGGACCGUGGAGAUCCUGUAACCCGGCCAACCAAGCAAGCACCAGACUCACGACGGACAUCAUGGGGAACUGCGUCUUCCCACGGAGCCUCGUGAGGGGCCUCUUAUGAACUCUUGUAGGAGCCACAGAGAGGACCUCUUACACCUCUGCCUUCUUGGGGCCUCUCAUGAACUCUUCUUCUAGGGGCCACAGAGAGGACCUCUUACACCUCUGCCUUCUUGGGGCCUCUGUGGACAUCAGCACUAGAAACACUAGUAGCACACAGCAGCCCAGAGGACUUCAGAGCAGUGGACUUCUAAGGGCUGGUGUUUGUCUAACACAUUUGAGCGCAAUCAAGUAACCCUGACCACCCCUUAACACUAAUUUAUCCGGCACUUUCUGAAGAACAUUUCAGGACCACUUUAAACAUUCACUAGAGACCCGGCAAGCUUACUGCGCACAGUAUGGACCCUUAUAACUUUUACUGUUCUAUAAUGGGGUUAAGUUAUGACUAACCAAGUCAUGACUAACUCAUUUCUGACUAUUCCAUGAAUUAUAUGACCUUGAUGUGACUUUGUAAAGUACACCACACACACACACACACACACACACACACACACAUGUAUGCCAUGACGUUUUAAGCACAAAUAUCUGUAAAUGUAUGAUUUUUCAUAAUGUAUUUCACACACUCACAAGGCAAACACACACACACACACACACUCGCUGUAAGGUGGUGCCAUGGUUGUGUAUCCAGAUAUACAGAUUUAUCUUCUUUUUUUUUUUCUGUAACUGGCUCUGUUCUUGUAAAUGUUGGAUUUUUCUAGAAAAUACUGAUACCGUUACAUUCCAAAGGAUUAAAGAAUCUUUUAUUGUC